GGCACUGAUUGCAUUCAUCUGCAUAGAGACCAUCAUGGAAUGCUCCCCUUGCGAAGGCCUUUAUUUCUUUGAGUUUGUGAGCUGUAGUGCAUUGGUGGUUACUGGAGUUCUGUUGCUUAUGUUCAGUCUAAACCUUCACACAAGAAUACCGCAGAUCAACUGGAAUCUUACUGAUCUGGUCAACACUGGACUCAGCACUUUCUUCUUUUUCAUUGCCUCUGUAGUACUUGCUGCUUUAAACCAUAAAACUGGAGCAGAAAUUGCUGCUGUGAUAUUUGGUUUCUUGGCAAUGGCAGUGUAUGCUGUGAACACAUACUUAGCUAUUAAAAAGUGGCGAAUGAACAGCAGACAACAAAAUAGUCGGCAGACCAGUGAUUACAUACGUGCUCGGACAGAAUCCAGAGAAGUAGAGCAUCGCCCUGAGAUUCAGCGUCUGGAUGCAUGAAGCGACAUUCAAAUGGGACUGCAAAGGGAAAAGAAGUAGUGCUUAACUCCCCCAUGGAAUAAAGCGUUUUUGUUUAAGGAAGAAAAGGAAGAUCAAAUGGUGGCAAAGAAUGCUCAGCCCUGCAUAUGUGCAGAGAUGCAUUGAGUCAGAAGCUGUUGUCAUGAAGGCAGUAAAUGUUGGUCAUUAAAAAACAAGAUCUGUUUAAGAUGUCCACAUAUAUAUACACAUAUAUUAUAUAGCUUAUAUAAUAUAUUAUAUAUAUAUGUUUUGAAGUAUGUUAUUGUUUUGGAUAAACUGCACGGUACGUUCCUUCCUCUCCCAAGUGCAAGCUCUGGCACUGUUUCUUUAUCUAUUGUAGACAAGACUAGCACGAUAUUGGUUGAUUAAUAUAGGAAAGAAAUCCACCAAAUGUAAAUUUAACAAAUGCAAAAAGGAAGGAAGGGGCAAAUAGCAAUAACUUUAGCCAUCUAUUGUGUCGAACAAACCCUCUGUGUACAACCUCAUGCAGCCUCAGCAGUGCAGCUCAAUUCUUAUCUGCAGGAUCUCCUGCAGUUUCACAGUUGGUGCACUUAGCUGUAAUGGACAACCAUUUCACAUUUUUUGUUUCACGGAUAGUGUUGAGGUAGUUACCCUGUGGGUUACUCUGAAAUUGCCAUAUUGAGUUCAUGCAUGGCCUUGGCCAGGUCUGAACUUGUGCAAAGUUAGCAUGUCAACCU